GCGCGCCCGCAGCCACAGCCCCGGCCGCGGCUCCUCCAUGCCCAGCAGCGAGGCGGUGCCGCGGGGGCUGGGCGCCUGCCGCAGCUCGGGCGCGCUGGCCGGCAUGCUGGCGCUCGUGGCGCGGCUGCUCGAGUGGCUGCGCUCGCUCUUCUGGAAGGAGGAGAUGGAGCUCACGCUGGUGGGGCUGCAGUACUCGGGCAAGACCACGCUGCUCACCGUGCUCGCGUCAGGGCAGUUCACAGAAGACAUGAUUCCUACAGUAGGCUUCAAUAUGAGAAAAAUAACAAAAGGAAACGUUACCAUAAAGGUUUGGGACAUUGGAGGGCAGCCAAGGUUUCGCAGCAUGUGGGAGCGUUAUUGCAGAGGAGUCAACGCAGUUGUUUACAUGGUAGAUGCAGCAGACAUAGAAAAAGUAGAAGCUUCAAAGAAUGAGCUACACAAUUUGAUAGACAAGCCACAAUUGCAUGGAAUUCCAGUGUUAGUCCUUGGAAAUAAAAGAGACCUACCAGGUGCGCUGGAUGAAAAACAACUAAUUGAGAAAUUAAAUCUUUCAGCUAUUCAAGACAGAGAAAUCUGUUGCUAUUCUAUUUCCUGUAAAGAGAAGGAUAACAUAGACAUAACAUUACAAUGGCUUAUUCAGCACUCCAAAUCAAGGCACUGUUGAAGAAAUAUUUGCUAUCACUUUGACUCCUAUCAGCUAUACACUACUGAAAAGAUAAGGAAUGCAACUGCGUACUACCAGGACUCACUUAGAUCAAAUUUGUUAACAGAAAUAAACUCAAGUGAAUUAUGGUCUAUUUUUUUUUAAUCAAGAUAUUUGUUUGCCUAGUUGAAUUGCCUGAAGGCCUUAAUUGAAAACUAAAAAAAAAUCAAUACUUUUUGGGCUGUAAUGUUUGAGUUUUUGCAUGUGAAUUGUGGAAUACUU